AUGUACGACCCUCGCGAUCCCACCAAGAUCACCGGCCUCCCUUUAAGCAAGGUGGACGUAGUCCUCAAGGCUAGGCAGAUUUGCCAAACUGAUAUGCCGAUGGAUUGGGAGUGGGGCUUCCUUCCCCUCAGCUCCACCAAUCCUCCAACUCCUGAAGCAAAGGAGCGCUUUCCUCGCAUUGCUGCGGAGGAGCGAGGCCCUUGCCGGAAGCGGGAUCUGGACACGGUGGACCCGGACCCAUACGUGCAUUGGACCGAGCUCAAGAUGGGCGGCACCCACGCUUCGCGCCCCGAUGUUCCCUCAGCCAGCGCCAACCCACAGGUUGUGGAGCACGCUGCCCCGCUACAAGAAGAGGUAGGCCGGGAGUUCCUGGAGAAACUCACUUCCCAGGGCAAGAAGAAGAAGGCGCCGGCACCCGAAGCCGGCCCCAGCGAUGCUCCUCCCGCCAAGCGCGCCCGGCAAGAAGUUGUCGGCGGGAAGAUAGUGUCCAAAAAGCAAUACCGGAAGCGGGAGAUGCCGGUUUCUUCCGGUCCUGCGCUCCAGAUCUCCAAGAGCGCCACCGGCAUGAGGCCGGAAAGCUCUGAGGAACCCACGAGGACCUCAACUCCUCCUCAACCAAGCCCGGUUCCUUCCGUCCCGAAGAAGAAGAAGAAAGCUCCUGCUGAUUCCUCCCCCUCCAAGACCGCGCCGGACUCUUCCGAGCCGGCAAGUUCUGCUCCGGCAAAGGACGCUCCUGAGGCUCCUGCGCCAACCAAAACCGCGCCAGCACCUCCACCGGCUUCCUCUACCGGCGAGCUAGCCACCGCGAAGCCAACGCCGCUGCCAAGCCAAGCGCCCGCAGCGGCCAAGCCUACGGCUCCGGGGGACAUCAAGCUCUCCAAGCAAGAAGCUACCGCCGCCAGCUCCUUCUCCUCCGGCUCGCAGUCCCUUACACUGCACUCCGGUCGCGCCGCUAUCGUGGCCGAAGAAACGGCUUCAGCUCAGCUGGGCCGCAUUACGGAGCUCACCCGCGGAGGAGCCGACCUGGGGCAUCUCCUUGAUUACGCUGAGAAAUGGAAUCAGGCGGAUCUGACGCUGGCGACGCGCGGCCUCGGCAAGGACAAGCUGUCGGUGGUCGAUCCCUCUGGCCCUCGGAGCACCUGUCAACACUUUGGCCGGCUGCGGCGUGCGGCCAAGGAGUUCGACAAUGCGUGGCACGAUGCCAGCACCAACGUCCUCCGCGCCGAUGCUCCCACCGACACGGAUCCGGUCCGCACCGCCAAGAGCCAGGACCGCGCCUACCGGAUAGCGGAGUUCGCCCACGUGCACACCUUCAUCCCUCCUCCUCCCGACGUCAAGGAUGCACUCUCCGACGACAAAGAAGAAGUCGAGGACGAGGAGGAUGAAGAAACUGGCGGAGGCGACAUUCUCCCGGAAGGAGGCGACGUUCCCCCGGAAGCUCCUGAGGCCGGCCCGCAGCACCCUGUUGCUUAA